CAGACCAAAAAACAAAAACCAGUGGGAGAACACAAAAUCUGUAAGAGAGAGCUGUGCGUGCCGCCAUGUACCUGCACGGCAUUGAGAACACCAUGAAGCUCGUGCAAGUGUGUUCCUGAAGAGUAUGAUGGCCGACAACAGCCUAAAAGUGCUAAAGGUUCAGCAGUGUGUAGCAGCCAGCAAACUCCCUAGAAGCAAGCCAUACAUUUGCAAUAUUUGCUUCAAGCACUUUGAAACACCAUCGAAAUUAGGUAGGCAUUAUCUCAUUCAUACUGGUCAAAAGCCAUUUGAAUGUGAUGUGUGUCAUAAGACCUUCAGGCAACUAGUUCACCUGGAGCGGCAUCAGUUAACUCACAAUAUGCCUUUUAAAUGUAGCAUUUGUCAGCGCCACUUUAAACAUCUGAAGACAUUUAUGAAGCACCAACAGCGUCACAGUGAGACCUAUCAGAAUGAUGUCAAGCAGGCCCGAAGAUUGAUGGAGGCCAAACAGGAAAAGCCAGCGAGUGGUGUGUUUGGGACUUUACCCCCAGAGGACAGAUGGGCCUUAACACCAUGCGCCAAAUCUGAUCCCGCAUACAGCACUGGGAAAAGAAGGAAGAAUGUUCAUGCGUGCGCCAUCUGUGGCAAGAUAUUUCCGUCACAGUCAAAACUUGAUAGGCAUUCACUUAUUCAUACUGGGCAGAAGCCUUUUAAAUGCCUCCUGUGCAGUAAGUCUUUCCGGCAGUCAGGUCAUUUAAAAAUCCACCAGCUCACCCAUUCAGAAGAAAGACCUUUUCAGUGUUGUUUCUGUCAAAAAGGAUUUAAGGUUCAAAGCAAACUUCUGAAGCAUAAACAAAUCCAUACUAAGAGCAAGACUUUUCAGGCACUUGCAUCAAAGUUGAGGAGCUCAGAGUCAUACUUCCUGCCCCACAUGUUAAAUAUAAAUCAGGAAAGCUUUGAAAAUGGUGGUGUGGGCGAAUCUGAGGUGAAUAACCCACCUGAUGUCCACUCUAUUUAUAUCGUCCCUUUCCAGUGUUCCGAGUGUGAAGAAUGCUUUGAAUCCGAGCAGAUUCUCAAAGGACACAAGUGUUUUCCUGCCAGAGGUGGCAGCAAAACCCCGAGCAGGCUCAAAAAACCUUACAACUAUAAAAUCAUUGUAAAAAAAAUCUUGGCUAAGCUUAAACGUGCGGGGGGUAAAAAAAUAGGUAACUGUCGGUCAGAGAGAAAAGCAUUUAAAAGUAGUUUGUUGAAAAAUUGUCGCCAGUCUAGUCAGCAGAAUUCUGAACAAACUAAGAGAAGAACUCUGGGUUCUGGAAAGCAGGGAUCGUAUAAGCGAAUUGGCAGUAAGAAGAAGAAAACACCGACGUUGCCAUUUUCUUGGCAAAAGCAGUUCCAGAGUCAGAAUAGGGGGAAAAGUUUGAAAGAUAUCCUUACAUCCUCAGAGAGCCGGUUAGCUGUGGACAGCACUGCGACUAACAGAGACCUGCCAACCUAUGGUUCAUCAGGUGAGGGGUUCUUCAAUAACUGUCAAGUGUUCCAGCAUUGUGGUUUCCCAGUUCCAAGUGAGAACAUACUGACUGGACAUAAGAUCUACCCCUGUGAUAAAUGUGAGAAAGCCUUUCCUUCUCUCUCUAAGCUACAGAGACACUACUUAAUCCAUACCGGACAGAGGCCUUUUGGCUGUAAUGUUUGUGGGAAAUCUUUCAGACAGUCUGCUCACUUAAAAAGACAUCAAGAAACUCAUAUUGAAAAGAAUCUCUAUAGAAGAUCAUUUUACCAGCUAGACUUUGAAAAUGUGAACAGUUUUAUCCCGCCAAGUGGUGACAGCUAUAAUGCUUCUCAACAUCAGGCUUUUGGUUUUCAGAAAUACGAGGUUUCGCAGUCGAAUCAGUUAUCAGAGAUGGGAGUGAAGCCAGAAACGGAGGAUUUCAUGUUGGGUGCGUAUGGUGGGGGUGAGCGGCCUUUCCUCCCCAGUGCGCUGCUGGGAGCCGAGCAGGGUCACUUCAGUGGCUACCCAGGCUACCCUGAGAAAAACGAUGGUCUCCUGUACCCGUGCAGUGUGUGCUGCAAGAGCUUCCGCUCUCCAUCCAAACUCGAGAGACACUAUCUCAUCCACGCGGGGGAGAAGCCAUUUGAAUGCUCAGUUUGUGGCAAAAGGUUCAGACAAGCUCCACACUGGAAGAGACACCAGCUCACACACUUUAAAGAACGCUCACAGGAGAAGGUAGCUGCCGGAGAUCCAGUUGUGUAACUGGAGACUCCUGCCCAGCGUGCACACUCGCGCUGGCCUCUCAGAAGGCCGGCAUUAGAUUGAUUUCACAGGCAGUCAUCUGCCCUGCGUAGUAAGAGUAAGGUAGCUAGAGAAAAUAGUGUUUUAGGAAUCACAGUUGAAAUCGUAGAGGGAAGGGUAUGGUUUGGUGUCAUUAAGCAUUUGUUUUCAUACUAUAAGCAUACUUUGGCUCUGUUGGAAGCCCGUGGUGUUGGAGCCGCUCAGCCUUGUCUGACUCCUCGAGCCACCCGCCUCCCUGCGGAUGUGCGUGCUGCAGAUGAGCUGCGCCAGGCCACUGCGCUUUCUCUUACACGGGAGCCUAACUUUCAUCUGUGGCUCAAGUUUUAUCGCCAGACUUCUUUUUUCUCCGUAAGUUUAAAAGUCAUAGCGAUACAUAUGAAGAGUAGAACUAUUUGCACUGGUCUUUUCAAAGCUGGGCUUGGGACUGGCUGUGUUACCAGUGAUCUACCAGGUGAUUUUUUGUUUUUCUUCUUUCUUUUUUGUCAGGGUUGCUGUUGCCUUCCCAAAAGAAUGUAAAAGUAGGAGAGAGGCUAAUUUGCGCUCACACCCAUUUCCCAUAGUUCUUACCAGGAGUGUUUUCUAAGUGUCAUAAUUGUCUUGAAAAUGUGUUUGCAGUUCUACUUUUUGGAGGAAAACUUUGCAGUUCAUCUGUUUGCUUACUGGUUGGGAGCCAAGGCAUAGACAAGCCUGCCUAGAAAAUGGCGUUUCUGUAAGCCUUUGCUUUCCUUGGGAGCAUUUUGACUUACCUAAGCCUAUCCUACAGAGAAGGGCAUGAAUUAUCUAGUUUUAGGUUUCAUUCCUCGUGUUAUCGCAAGAUGCUAAAGAGUUUAUUUGAUCCAUACAGCAUUUUUAUUUUCAUUAAUAAGGUAAUCAUCCCAGUGUAGGAAUUAGAUGCUUAUAGAGUCCAAGGUAUCAUUUUUCUUAAUAGAAUGGUCAUGAUCUGGAAAACGUUUAAUCCUAAGAGACUUUUUUCAUAAUCACACAAUCGAACUUCCUGUUUGCCAUACUUUAAGAAAUCUUCAAGAAUGACUUCUUAGCAAUAAAAAAGUUUACCAUUGUGUUUGUAACGUGAAGAGAACAGCAUACUUCAGUCUGGGGGGGAAACCCUCCAUUGAGAUUUGAGUAAGUGGAUGAUUGUACGUUUGCAUCAUGUUCUGAGAACUGUCUUGUGAAGGGGGCGGGGGGGAGGGAAGAGGAAGGGUUUGGUCUGCUUGCUUUAUUACAAGUGGUUUUUUAAGUAAGUUGGGUUUCAUUUAUAGAGUAGAAAUAUGACAGUAUGACUAAAUUGCCCAAAUGAUGUACAAAUACCUGGGUUUUUGUUUUGUUUUUUUAGGAGAGGCAUUUAGUUAAGACAGGAAAAUCACAUGUUUUAAUUUCCCUGUUUCUUUGAGAUGUUUCUCCAGUAUGAGCAAGACAUGGUUAACAGUGUUUGCUUUGCACAAAAUUCUCCAAGAAUACAUCUGUUACAUAAGGGCAAAGAAUCACUAGUUCAUAUUUUUCCGAGAAUAAAAGCUGAAGAAUUAUUUGCUUCGUGUAUCAGAAGUUACAGAUUUUGGCAUUUUCCUAAGCUAUUUAUAUAAUUUUAUUCCAAGAACCUGUCUUACUCCCGUCCUGGCCUGGACAGGGGCAGCCGAGUGUUAUGUUUGUGUGACUAUGGGACUUUGUUUGCCUAAGUGAUACGCUUUUCUUUGGCCCGUGCCUAUUUAAGCUGUUUCAUAUUGAAAGUUGGAAUAUUGUAAAAAUUUUGUCAGAGAUGUACUGUAGUGCUAUUUGAAGUACCUGUAACAAAAUGCUUAUUUUCCUUUAUUAUCAUUGCAAGCUUCGUAUGGAGAUUUUAUAGGGUUGAACAGAAAGCAGGUGUUAAGUGACGGUCCGCUGUGUGCUGGAGCUGUGGGUGCUGUGGGUCAACUCCUUUGGUUUUCUGGAAGAAAAUAAAAUAAAGAUAACUUGGA